UGCGGCCAGGCGAGGUCAGCCAGCCCGGGCAAAAUUGCAUUCUUUUGUGAUUAAGGCACAUAUGUUGAGGAACUGCGUUUACAUCUUUCGAACCAUGCAACCUCAGGAAUCUCAAUUCACCAGAAAUCGUCCAGACUAACCUCUACUGAACAGUAUGACGUCCUAUCUAGCCCAAAUUUUGAGUGUUAAUUUGGGUCGCCUUGUACUCGAUCUAGCAAUCUGUCCAAAUAGAGUUCCCGUCUUCCACGACGACAUCUAUUUAUUUACUUUUGUCUUUUUCAUGAAGUGCAGACUCAUUUGUGGACCAACACGCACGCUUGAGUGCUUCAUACGCAAACAGGCCAGAGGGUGUUUGUGCCUUUUUUUAAAAAAAGCAGACAAAACCAUCUGCUCCGUCUCACUGACGCUUGUUGGCAUCGGAUAGAUGGCAAAAAAAGACGUCUGGAAUAAUACUUGAAUGAAUGAACCAGCGCACUGAUGGAGACGUUCGUCAUCCAGUGCGUCAUUCAUUUCCAUUUAAGAACCGUUUCCAUCAUAUCCUGUUUUGUUUUUCAAUAAAUAGAUAAGACAGUUAAAAACAAUGACCACAAAUAACAUUUUAAUUGGAAAUCUUUUUUUUUUUUAACCGCCACUCUUGUUGGCCCACGAUCGGGCUCGCUGUGACGUCAACUCCGUGCCCUCUGAUAGCCAUUAUUGAUAUCUAGCGGCGGCGUGCCAUGGUGGAAACUUCUCCUAGUUCAACAGAAUCACGUGCUCCUCCUGUCGCGUGACUGCCGACACUCCAAGCGCGUGUGUGUGUGUGUGUGUGUUUUAAUCCAGGGAUUAUAUCAUUGAGUUUUGAUUAUCAUUUAGAAGUUGCAUAGUUGAGCUGUCGGACAAAGUAGGGUACACGACAUCUGUUUGAAAGGUAACGCUAGCUGGUCAGGACAUGAAGUUAACACCCGACACUCGCUCCUCUCCCCUCGUUGUGUUGAAAGGCCUCGUUCUCCCAAGUAUUUUGAAGGUCACGCGAGACGCUGGCACCGGAUCAGAUGGAUUUGCUGUCGUCGUGUCACGACCGCUAGUCAGACGUCCCGAUUGAAUUUGACAAAUAGUUGACAAUCCAAUGGAUUUUGAAAGCCAAUUUCAUGCAUGAAGCACAUUGAAUCUAAUCCACGGUUGCAAGAUUAAAAUCUCAGCAAAGCUUUGGCCACCAGGGAGGUUCGUAUGCUCCGUAAACUUUGCAGAAAAACGGAAAUCGGGCUUGCUUUUGGUUCCCAGCGUCCUUCCCAGCUCAGGAACACGUACGGCCGACCCCGUCUCCACCUCCUCACCUCGUCUCUGACCCUCAUCCUUUCUCAUGCUGCCCUCCCCGUUCUCUCGCUUUUCUUGUUUCUCUGGUGACAAAAAGCUUCCUGCAAAUUCUCUCAGUAUUGUUUGGUUGUACCUACAAGCCAAGUGUGGGAACUCGGGCCUGUCAUAGUCUGCUCUGAUUGUUAUUAUACUAUUAUACUGCGGUGUGUGUGUGUGUGUGUGUGAAAGAGUGUGUUUGUGUCUCAGAUACACUUGCGUCACAAGUGUCAGAGCAAGUUAUAUAUUUUUUUGUUUGAAUAAUCAUAUUUUUAAAUUGUGGCAUAAUCUAUUUAAUUUAUAAACAGAUUAUUUUGGGAAACAAAUGACUACAAAGUCACACGUGUGCGUGUGCGCGCGCGCGUCAGCGUGGCGAGACAAAAGACCGAACGAGGGAAAGUUUUCCAAAGCGCACAACAGGAAGCGCCGCGUGAGUUACGCCGCCGUAUUCGCGGGAGCCAGGAAGCCCAUGAUGAUGGAGUCUCCGUGGCGACGGGGUUCCCAAGACCCGGUGGCCACGGCGGCAGGGUUCAAGCCCUGUUUAUGACUUUUCCGUCUCUCCUGUCGCCUGAGAAACGUGCGACGCAGGAAGAGGAACAUGAGCGCUCAUGCUGACUCCACAUAAUUGUGUCGGAUUGCAUCGGAGCGGUCAGCGUUGUAUGCUUCUGGCUCCGAGGCUUCCCUGCGUGGAAUCAAUGUGCUUCUUCCCACAUCCCAGUAACAAUGGCUUCACCGGUCUUCCAGAGCAGUACAACAGCUUGACGUGGUUCCUCAGCCCCGUCCUGGGCCUCAUCUUCACCCCGCUGAUCGGUUCCGCCAGCGACCGCUGCCCUCUGCGUUGGGGUCGCCGGAGACCUUUCAUCCUGGCCUUGUGCAUCGGGACGCUGAUGGGAGUGGCCCUCUUCCUGAACGGAGCCCUCAUAGGAUUGUCUCUGGGUGACGUUCCGGGGAAACAGCCCAUGGGAAUUAUUCUGACCGUGCUGGGAGUGGUGGUGUUAGACUUCUGCGCCGACGCAACAGAGGGGCCCAUAAGAGCGUACCUUUUGGACGUGGCUGACACGGAUGACCAAGACAUGGCGCUCAACAUCCAUGCUGCCUCGGCAGGUCUCGGCGGUGCCGUGGGCUACGCUCUGGGCGGUCUGAACUGGACUCACACCUUCCUGGGAGCCGUCUUCAAGUCUCAGGAGCAGAUCCUGUUCUUCUUCACCUCCAUCCUCUUCUCUAUAUCGGUGGUGCUGCAUCUGUUGAGCAUCGACGAGCAGCCCUACAUCCCCUUGCACGUCCGGCUGGAUCUGGAGAGCCCAGCUCCGAGCCACCCGCAUUCUUCUUCCAACAGCCGCGCCAGGCUUCCCACUCCGAGGCUGGAGAUGAUCGAAGAGGACAAAUCGAUGGACAGCUUCGACCUUUACGACGCCUACAGGGACGAUCUGUCCGAACCGGGAGAUAUGGAGAUGGGAUUCCUGGAGGUGGCGCUCACGAGGAGUAAAAGCGACAGCGUCCUCGCCGUGACGGACGCCACCUCAGACCACGUGGACCACGACGCCUUGUUCCUUUGCCACAUCGAGCCGUCCAUCUUCACCGACCGCCUCUCGCCCUUUCACGGCUCUCCCCCUGCUAACCGUAUCACGCCGCCUUGCCGGCUCGCCAGCGCAGAGAGUCGGGAUCCGCUGCACUCCCAAAGCCCGAAACGGGACGGCAGCCCCACCAAGAUUUGCCGCCUCUCGGCGUUCUUGCAGGAGAUGGAGGACGACGAGGGCCACGAGGCCUUGCUCAACAACCAGCUGAACGAGCGGCGCACCCCAAACGGGCACUUGCUGGCGUGCGUCGAUGUCACAAACACGGCCGAUGGGUUGAGCGCAAAAGGACAUGUGCAUCGGGCCGCAAUGGUUAAAGCUGCCAGCACCGACGCUCCCAGACGCCACCGUCACACUUUCUACCGUCAGCCAUCUUGCACCUUUUCCUACUACAGCCGCGUGGCCAGCCACCGCGCCCACUACCGCUGCGCUAACGUCGCCUUCCUCAUCAAGCUGUCGCGGAGCAUGAACGACCUGCACGAGGUGGAGGCGAGACGCCGGCGUCGGAGCCACCGGCGCCAGCGACACCGCAGCGACACCACCAAUUUAUCCAGCGGUGACGCCGAGAGCGAGGAAGGCGAGGCGGAGACCACCGUACGGCUCCUUUGGCUCUCCAUGCUGAAGAUGCCACCCGAGCUGCUGCGCCUGUGCGCCUGUCACCUGUUCACCUGGUUCUCAAUCAUCGCCGAGGCCGUCUUCUUCACCGACUUCAUGGGACAAGUUAUCUACCACGGAGAUCCCAUCGCUCUUGUCAACUCCACCGCUUUGAUGAAUUAUCACAAAGGCGUUCAAAUGGGUUGUUGGGGUCUGGUGAUAUACGCCAUGACAGCUGCCACAUGCUCAGCCCUCCUUCAAAAGUACCUUGACAACUUUGAGUUGAGCAUCAAAGUCAUCUACAUCUUGGGAACGCUUUCCUUCUCCAUAGGAACUGCUGUUAUGGCCAUAUUCCCUAACGUGUAUGUUGCCAUGGUGAUGAUAAGCAGCAUGGGCAUCUUGUCUAUGAGUAUCUGCUAUUGUCCCUACGCCUUGCUUGGACAGUACCACGAAAUGAAAGAGUACACCAGUCACAGUCCCGGUAGUUCCCGAAGAGGAUUUGGUGUUGACUGCGCCAUCUUGACCUGCCAAGUGUACAUCAGCCAAAUCCUGGUGGCUUCGGCCGUGGGUUCCAUCGUGGAAGCGGUGGGCAGCGUACGCGUCAUUCCCGUCGUGGCCUCCGGGGGCUCUCUGUUGGCAUUCUUCACUGCUUGCUUCCUGGUCAUUUAUCCUUCAAAUAGCGGGGAUGCGGCAUCGUCCAAAACGUCGGAAAAAGAGGAGUUGACCACGCUGACCGAUUCCAAAGAACGAGUGAAGGGAAAACCCAGCUUCUUGAAACUCAACAAGGCAGGCAAGGCUACCACCACCAUCAUCGCCGCCGGCACUUCCUGUCACACGGAGAAUGAAUCUGCACUGUGAUUGGCCACGAGUGCAGCAAGGUGCAAUAAUCAUUGUCAUAAUAAUAAUAAUCCUUCUGCUCCGGGAUGACGCUGUCCAAAUUCCAAUGUGAGUACUCAGCAGGCAAAAAAAAAAAAAGCUGGGGGGGGGGGGGGGUGUCUCUCGGGGGCGAAACCUGGACAGGAAACCUCAGGGGGACUGCGACACGCACAGAAACAAACGUUAGCGACCAUCUCAAAGCUGCAGUUAACAACCACAAAAUCGUCGUUCUUCCUCACUGCGGAUGGAAAUGUUUUGCUCUGCUGAAGCUUUAAGACUCUUUACAAAACUUUCAUACUUGAAAAACGAGAGCCCGAACCGAAGCCUGCUCGUGGGCAGAAAACAAAAUCGAAUGAGAAUAUUAAGACCGCCUCAACAUUGACUGCAAUGGAUGUUCCAGGACAACGGAAGACAAAGGAGAAGCGUGAGCAUGGAGCUGACUAUCAUCAAAUAUCCUGAAUCGAGCGAAAAGUGAAAUUCCACAAUACCGUAUGACAAUAUAUAUACAUGCAGUAUACAGGGCAUUAUAAUCCCAAAUAAUUUUUUGCAUGACCUCGUGAGAUAAUCAGACAAAAUGCUGCAUGUGAGCAGGCGAGAGCGUUUUUGCUCGCUUUGCUGCUGCUGCUGCUGCUUCUUGUUAGCUUUUGUGAAAUGCAGGUGACAUGAUAGCUCUUACUAAUAACUACGCAACAGCUAAGCUAUCAUCGUAUAAAUCUUUUUCAAGCUGUUCUUGAUUAGCUCUACUGAUAUAUUUUAGAAGAGAAGGAAAAAAAAUGCAAUCUGUGUUUUGUUUUUUUGUUUUUUUUUGUUCCUCGUCUUCUGCCAUAGCCUGGAAUGUUACCCGCCGCGCUCACACGGCGUUCUUGGGAGCUCGUGUUCCGACUUUUUUUUUUAGCAGGUUACAUGUUGAAGAAUGUUUCGAGAAUUAUUUUAACGACGGAGGCACUGGCCGACUUUGCACAAAUCUUUGCACAUGAAAAUGUAAAGAAACAAAAACAGCUGUGGAUAUUUAUUAUUGUUUAGCUUGGCUUCCCUCAUGUUAUUUUUUCAGGUGAAAUCUACAUUGGGAGGAUUGUGUAAGCAGGUAUGCUGGAUAUAAAAAGUCUACACCCCCCUGUUCAAGUGCCAGGUUUUUGUGAUACAAAAAAAUAUAUUAAGGAAAAAAACUGGCAUUUGAAAAGGGGUGUGCAGACUUUUGUGUUGACAAGUCAUUGCUGGUUUCAGUUUUUUUUUUUUUUCUCACUUGGUUUUCAUCCACCUUUUCAAAUUGUAAUCGUUUGCAUCAGGAGUCUUUCACUUUUAUGUUACUGUAUUUUAUUUGCUUUAAAAUGUUUUGGUAUUUGUUGUAGGCUUAUUUUUUCUAUCUGGGAUUUUCUAGUUUUGUUGAUGUUUUAGUUUUAUUUGUUUUUUGUUCAUUUCUUUAAUUGACUUAAUCUAAUUUUAUCGCAGGUGUGGGAGUCUGCCACCCUGCCCCAAAUGUUUUAUUUACUUUUAAUUGUAAUGUGAGGUCAGAGCCACACGUACACAAACUAAGAGUUUGCACUGUCCAGCGGAGGCCAUGUUUGGUCCACCGUAGCGAGGACACCUCGAUCACGUUUGUGACUUCUUGUGGCGUUAAGAGGAGUAAAAUAGACGUAAGAAAUGAGAUGAAACGACUUAAAGAAUGGGAAAGCAAAAUGUUACAUGCCUUGUUAUCUAAAAGAGUUGUAAAUGUACUUCAUUUUCCUCUUUUUUUUGCUGCUAUGAAAAAAGAUGAUUAUUUUUGGUAGUGGUAUUGUUUUGUAUGAAAAGACGAGAUAUAUAGAUAUACCUGCGUGUGUGUGUGUGUGUGUGUAUGUGUGUGUAUAUAUAUAUAUAUGUACAUAUAUAAUGUACAUUAUUGAGUAUAAAUGGAGACUAGGACUCUGGAUGAACACACUGUAUUGAAUGCACCUAUAGAAAAAAUUUAAAAGUCUGUUGUGAGAUAAACCAACAAGGACUCAGUUAUCUUUUUUUAAUCCCAACAUUCAGAUUAUUAUUUCGACUUAAUCUUCAAGUGGGAAUUCUGGUGUUUAUGUGAAACGUUUUAAGGUGGUCUCAUGACCUGCAAGUGUUUCUAGCAACUUGAAACCCCAAAUUAGUAAAUAUUAACAUUCUAUUGUAAAAUUUAUUGCCAUAAAUUGUUUGUUGCACGAGUA